AUGCCCACCACACAGCCAGAGGAGCUUUACGAGGAAGGCUGCUUCGCGACGACCUUUGAGAGGAAGUACUACCACCGGGGCGGGGCUUUCAUCAAGAGAAGCCUGCGGCCGAGGGAAUUCCGCACCAACCAACGGGGGAAUCUCCAUGUCCCACGCAUCAACGGGGAGCGCAUCAAGAACGAAGCGGACACGCUACGCUACAUCCGCCAGCACACCGACAUCCCGGUCCCGACGGUGUACGCCGACUUUGAGGACGACGAAGCCUACUACCUCGUUGUCGAGUAUGUCAAGGGCAUCUCCAUGGCCCACCUACCAGACGAUCAGAUGGCGGUGGGGCUCCGAUCGGACCACAUAGGCGGGCCUUCUGGGAUUGUCAUUCCACCGUACCGGGUGAUGCGGCAGGCAACCAAGGACGACUGGGAUCUGCGCCGUUCCGAGAAGAAGGAAUAUGUUUUCUGUCACAACGACUUGUCGCAGCACAACGUUAUUGUGGAUCCGAACACCCUGAAAAUUACGGCAAUCAUUGACUGGGAGUAUGCCGGAUUCUAUCCCGCCAAUUUUGAAAUGCCGUUCUAUAGGAGGGACGGGCCUUCGGUUGCUCGAAAGGGGGAGGUGGAUGAUUCAGCGGCCUUACUCGCCUUUCUCAAGGGACAAGACGUGAGCAGCGUGGUAGUGUCACAACACAAGAGCUAAAGAUGGUGGGAGAUGAUAACGGUGAGAUAAAACAUAGGUUUUAGACAACUCCUACCUAGCUACCAGGGUAUCAUGUUCUUGUUGCGGCACACGCCACCGCGGGAAGUUU